AUGAGCAACGAGAGUACGCCACAGAGCCCCUUGCGGCUAUUUUAUUUCCAUAAUGAAUUGCCCCCUGAUGAUCUUCAAUUCUUGCUCCGCCAAUUGUACAACCAAAGUAAAGAUAACGGACAUCCAUAUCUUGCUCGGUUCCUCAACGAAGCUGUCAAAGCCGUUCGCAAGGAGGUCAGCAAGCUUCCUCUUAACCUACGAAGCCUUGUUGGUCCUUUCGAAUCAAUCCAUGCGCUUGCUGAACAGGAAUCGCUUCGCCGAGGGGUUUUAUGCGGCUCAAUUGAUGGCGUCAUUCUAUUUGUAUUGCAACUUGGGAUAUUCAUUGGAAACUGCGAGACCCAUUCGCCUAACCAAGUUAAAUAUCGUGAGCUGGAUAGCACAAUACUUCUAGGACUGGGCAUUGGGUUGCUUGUUGCCACCACACUAUCGCUGUCACCUACCUUGGGAGAUGUUCCAUCGGUUGGCGCCGAGGUGGUCUGUAUCAUCUUUCGGCUUGGUGUUUUGGUGGCCGACACUUCCCAGAACCUUGAGCCCCUCGAUGAAGACGGCAAGUUCGACUCAUGGGCUCACUUUAUGCGUGACGUGAGGCCUAAAGAUGUCCAACGCGAGCUUGAUGAGCUUCAUUCAUAUCAGGCAAGGACAAAUAUCUCGGAAAUGCAAUGCCCGGAAGCGACCAAAGUCUUCAUCAGCGCCAAAAGUAAAUCUUCGGUGACAUUAAGCGGGCCGCCAUCCCGUUUAAACGAGUUGAAACGUGUAUCAGAGUUUUUCCAAAAUCGCAAAGCAGUGCCGUUGCCAGUAUUUGGUGGUCUAUGUCAUGCCGGUCAUGUCUACACGGAUAAAGAUGCAAUCCAGGUGGUGGCAUCACCCGUCCUGGGAAAUUGCCAUCCAUGGGUCCCUGUGCUAGCAACUGGAAAUGGAAUCCCUUUCCCUGCAGAGAAUGGGGCUGAGCUGCUCCAACAGGUAAUCCUGGAGAUUUUGGCUCGCCAGAUCGUUUGGGAGGAAGUGAUUAAGAGUGUCGUGGAGUAUUCUCGAGCGAGCAAGAGUUAUCGACCAGUGGCAAUUUGUGCAAUCAGAGGGUCUUUGCCUUUGAACGAGCUGAAAGACGCGCUGGACGCAAGGGAAACAGCUCCUGCAACCCAGAUAUCAGAUCUCGCAGUUUGGAUUGAUCAUCCGACCUCAGGUGGGAGCAAUCCUGGCCUGGCUCAGCAAUCCAAGAUUGCCAUCGUUGGGAUGUCUUGUCGAAUGGCAGGCGGUGCCACAAACACUGAAAGAUUUUGGGACGUGCUGGAGAAAGGCCUAGACGUACAUCGCCGCAUACCGGAAGAUAGAUUUGAUGCCGAAUCUCACUACGAUCCCGAAGGUAAAUGGGUGAACGCAAGCCACACACCGUACGGGUGCUUCAUCGAAGAGCCUGGCUUGUUCGAUGCUCCUUUCUUCAACAUGUCGCCCCGAGAAGCCGAGCAAACUGAUCCAAUGCAACGACUAGCCCUUGUGACAGCAUACGAGGCUCUAGAAAGGGCUGGGUUCGUUGCAGACCGCACACCUUCAUCAAACAAGACGCGAGUUGGGACUUGGUUCGGUCAAGCGAGUGAUGACUAUAGAGAAGUCAACACAGCUCAAGAAAUCAGCACGUAUUUCAUUCCAGGUGGCUGUCGAGCUUUUGGGCCUGGCAGAAUAAAUUAUUUCUUCAAGUUUUCCGGGCCUAGUUAUAGCUGCGAUACGGCUUGUUCAUCAAGCCUAGCAGCUAUUCAGAAUGCUUGUACAGCCCUUUGGAACGCCGAGGUCGACACUGUUGUCGCAGGUGGGAUGAACAUCCUCAGUAACUCCGAUGCAUUCGCUGGAUUGAGCCAAGGCCAUUUCUUGACCAAGACACCCAACGCAUGCAAGACGUGGGAUGUGGACGCCGAUGGAUACUGCCGAGGUGACGGUGUUGCAUCCAUCGUGAUGAAGAGGCUCGAAGAUGCUGAGGCGGAUAAUGACAACAUAUUAGGCAUCAUCGUGGGCGCUGGCACGAAUCAUUCAGCGGAUGCCGUAUCCAUCACUCACCCUCACGCAGGUUCGCAGGCAUUUCUCUAUCGAAAAGUUCUUGAUAGAGCUGGAGUUGACCCUUUUGAUGUGAGCUACAUCGAGGCCCACGGGACUGGCACCCAAGCUGGCGACAUCCAAGAGUUAACAUCCAUCACGGAUGUUUUCGCACCACUAACCGCAAGGCGCCGAUCCUCAAACCAGCCACUGGCUAUAGGAGCUGUUAAGUCCAAUUUCGGUCAUUCUGAAGCUGCGGCGGGCGUAACGUCUUUACUGAAAGUACUACUCAUGUUCCAGAAACAUGUGAUUCCACCUCAUGUAGGGAUCAAGACAUCACUGAACCCCAAGCUUCCUCGCCACCUGGACAAAAGAAACUUGCAUAUUCCCUUUAAGGCAACCCCUUGGCCUCGAAACUCAGACAAAAAGAGAAUCGCAAUGGUGAAUAGUUUCAGUGCUGCUGGUGGAAAUACAUCGCUUGUUGUAGAGGAAGCCCCGGAUCGGCCCCUACCACAAGCUGAUCCUCGCCCAUCUCAUGCAGUAGCAGUUUCUGCGAAGAGCAAAGUGUCCCUCAAAGGAAACCUCGAGCGGCUUCUUACAUACCUAGAUGAGAAUCCUAGUGUAUCAUUGGCGAAUCUAUCCUACACUACUACUGCUCGGCGGCAUCACUACAACCACAGGCUUACGUUCAAUGUUUCAGAUGUCUCGAUGCUGAGGGAGCAAAUCGCCCACAGUCUGAAGUCUAUCGAGAGGCACCGUCCAGUCCCAAAUACGCUGCCGCCCUCCGUUGCAUUCACCUUCACCGGUCAAGGUGGUGCUUAUAAGUCUUCCAAUCUCGAGUUGUUCCAUCACUCACCACUGUUCCGGCUUCAUAUCUUUCAACUAGACAGGAUUGUACAGGGCCUAGGAUUUCCAUCCUUUAUUCCAUCAAUCAAUGGAAGUUCCCACCGGGAAUAUGAUCACGGGACCAUCAUCACACAGGUCGCACUUACAUGUGUCGAGAUUGCACUGGCGAAGUACUGGGAAUCGUUGGGAGUCAAACCUGACCUAGUGAUGGGCCAUAGUCUUGGAGAGUAUGCCGCUCUGUGCGUCGCGGGUGUACUUUCAGCCAGCGAUGCCAUUUAUCUUGUUGGGACACGAGCAAGAUUGCUGGAACAAAGGUGUAGCAAAGGGACACAUGGCAUGCUCGCAGUGCGAAGCUCUGUCGCCGACAUCAAAGGAACUAUCGGGCAUUUAUCCUACGAAAUAGCAUGCAUUAAUAGCCCCGAUGCAACGGUUCUCACCGCAGAGGUCAUCGAUCUAGAAGUUGUUGAGUCUGCCCUCAAAGAGGCUGGAUAUGCAUGCACCCGUCUCGAAGUCGCCUUCGCAUUUCAUUCUACACAGACCGACCCUAUUCUUGAAGAUUACGAACGGCUAGCCAAAAGCAACGUGACGUUUCGAACACCGAAGAUUCCCGUCAUCUCUCCAUUGCUUGCAAGGGUAGUCUGUGACGGCAAAACUGUGAAUGCUAGGUACCUUGCAAGAGCUACUAGGGAGACUUGCAAUUAUCUUUCGGCUAUCUCAGACGCACUUUCGGUUUCCAUCAUCGACAAAGAGACGGUAUGGAUUGAAAUCGGACCCCAUCCUGUAACGGCCGCCUUUGUCAAAACCGUUGUUGACCCCUCUUCAUGCGCCGUUCCAUCACUACGCCGCGGCGAAAACAACUGGACAACCCUGGCUCAGAGUCUCGGUGCCCUACAUUGUGUCGGCGUUGGAGUAAACUGGAAUGAGUUCCAUCGCCCUUUUGAGGAGCAUCUUCGAUUGCUAGAUCUGCCGACUUACUGCUGGACAAACAAAAAUCAUUGGAUUCAAUACAAUGGCAACUGGGCUCUGACCAAAGGAAACUGUUUUUACGAUUCUAAAAAGAAUACCAGGGCCUCAGCCGCUUCUGUAUCGUCCUUCCAGACCUCGCUGGUUCAUAGAAUUAUUGCAGAGGAAUUUUCAGGAAUGUUCGGCACAGUAACAAUGGAGUCAGACCUCAUGUCGUCCGACUUCUUGACUGCUGCUCGCGGUCAUAGCAUGAAUGGCUGUGCAGUUGUGACAUCUUCCAUACAUGCCGAUAUUGCAUACACUCUCGGUGAAUACGUGACGAAAAAUCUGGGAACGCCGUUGAAGAGCCAAGAUCUGAACAUUGCCUCACUGAAAGUUUCUCACGGCUUGGUCGCGCGAGCGGAUACAUCCAAGCCUCAGCUGAUACGUGUCAUAGCCAGAACAACUAGUCUUAGUGACGGUAUCAGUGUAGAGUGGUAUAAUGUUGACGAUGAUGGCUCGACAAGCCCGAAUGCAUUCGCAACUGCUGCGUUGGCUUGCGGUACCUCGUCGGAUUUCUUAGCGUCUUGGGUACCCCUUACACAUCUCAUCGAGAGCCGCAUUGACGCCUUAGAUUGCAUGUCAAGGCAGGGGAUCGCUAGUCAAUUCUCCGGGAAAAUGGCAUACACUCUUUUCGCCUCCAGCUUAGUGGACUACGCCGACAAGUACCGUGGCAUGCAGUCGGUUGUCAUUAGUAGUUUCGAAGGCUUCGCCAAGAUUCGACUCAGCACAGAGCAGGAAGGAGUAUGGACCGUCCCGCCCCAUUUCAUUGAUAGCGUUGCCCAUCUCGCAGGGUUUAUCAUGAAUGUUUCUGAUGCUCAUGACACCGUGAAUAACUUCUGUGUUACUCCUGGUUGGAACUCCAUGCGCCUGGCUAAGCCGCUUGAGCCAGGUAGCGAACUUCAGUCCUACGUCAAGAUGAUCCCCUCUAAGGAUGACGACAGCGUUUUCUUUGGAGACAUAUACGUUCUACAGAAUGGGGAAAUUGUUGGCAUGGUUGGUGGUAUACAGUUCCGCCGCUACCCUCGGAUUCUGCUCAGUCGUUUCUUCUCUCCCUCAGAUUCUUACAGGCAGGCACAGCUUUCACUGAAACACAGAGCCUCGAUAGGUACCUAUCCUAUCCCAGUCCAAUUAGGAGUAGCAGGGACGACACCAAGAACAGCAGAUCAAGAGCAAUCCAAUGAAGAGUAUUGCGAGACGCCUCCUACUUCCGGACAUCCAGACAUGGCAAUAUUUUCCAGUACCACUGGGCAGCCUACUCCAAGCGAGAGCCCUGGGAGCUCUAAAAGAAUUAUUCAGGGUUCCGAGCCAGAAAGCAUGACAACCAAAGCAACUGGUCUCAUUGCAACUGAGACGGGAAUUGCUCCUUCAGAAUUGAUUGAUGAUGCUAGAUUCUCUGAUAUUGGUAUUGACAGCCUCAUGAGUUUGGUUAUUGCAGAAAAGUUCCGAACGGAGCUUGGAAUCGCGGUUAAUAGUGGUCUCUUCUUAGAGUAUCCGACGAUGGGGGCACUCAGGAGCUGGCUGCUAGAGUAUUAUAGUUAG